GAGGAGUUUCCUCUGAUGGGACAAGAGGGGAGGACGCUGAGAGAAGACGGAAGAGUUUACGCAAUCACCUCAAACUUGUGUAGCUACAAUAGUCACAGUAAUUACUGGGCAGCUGUAACUGCGCUUCAUGCUGCGAGAAGAAUGGCGCGUGUGACGGAUAGUCUGUGACAGUCGCCCUACAGGAAGCCAUGGGGACGACGGUGAGAGACGUGCUGGUGAAUGCGCUGGAGAAUUUGGGCAAGAAGGGAUUGAAAAAGUUCACAUGUAAGUUACAGGACUUUGAGGUUGACGAGCGAUAUAAGAAGAUCACAAAAAACAAACUAGAGGACAAAGACUGCGAUGAGAUUGCCAAUGUCAUCAGGGAAUACUACAAGGAUGUCUAUGGGGUGGAGGUGACCCUGGCUGUCCUGGACGUUAUCAAUGAGAAGAAUGUGGCCAAGGAGCUGGAAAGAGACUUGACGAAAGUUGAUGGAUUUGAAAGGCUGACGCAGUCAGAAGGAUCAGGUGACACAGCGACACCUAUAGCGAGACCGGUUACCACAAGUCUAUGUGACAAUGGAGAGAUAAAGUAUUCUCUGACACUGGAGAGAUAUUAUCCCCGGUAUAUACAGAUAGAAUGGACAUGUGGAGUCGGCGACGUACAAGAAACUCUUUCAUGUAGAAAUCACUACACAGAACAAGCAGAUAAAACAUUUACCGUCUGCAGCGAGGUCAGAAUUACAGAGAAUCUCCUGAGAAAUCCAGACUGGAGAGUGUGUGUAACCUGGGACCAUCAGCAUACAUAUAGCAAUGGCAGACAGGAGCUGACUGUGCGACACCCAGAUUUCCUGUGGACUCCAGUUGUAGAGGAGAUACAGACACCCCGUUUAUUUCACAACACCCCAGUCGCCCUGGAGUGCACAGUCUCAGGGUAUUUCCCGGACGCCCUCGCUGUGACGUGGCUGAGGCGGAGAGAACGCAAACUGGAAAUAUGCGAAGAGUCGGACGAUGUUUCAGUCCCAAAGAUCAAAUCAUAUAAAAGCCCAGAUAACACGUAUCGCUGCAUAGCAAAGCUGAUGCUCACCCCUACACUGAGAGACCACCAGGGGGCAGAAUACAUAUGCCAAGUCCAACAUCCCUCUCUGGAAAAUGCAAUUAAGAAAAGCAGCGGGAGGCUCAGCAUGAUGGCGAAACCUCAGCCGGAGCCCAUGAAGAUGACCCUCGAGGAUGAGGGUUUUGUAGUCCGGUUCUCUUUGCAACUCAAGAUGUUUUAUCCUAAAGAGCUCAACAUCAGGUGGCACUGGGACGAGACGCAACCCAGGAGAGGAGUGCGGCAGGGCACGCGACACACGGAAACAUUCACCGAGCGCGAGGAUGACUGCUUGUUUGACGUUACCAGCGAAUGUGGCAUUCUGGGGUGUGGCUUUGUCGAUCCUCAAUAUAAGUUCUAUGUGACUUGGUACCAUGCGUCUAUGGAAGGGCCUGAGACCAGAGAAUUGACUGUAAGAGAUCUGCCCUGGCACCCAGAAGUAGACAAAAUUAUUUCCCUAGAAAUGCUCGAUAAUGAAGAGACCAAACUGUAUUGUAACAUCAGCGGUUACUACCCACAUGUCAUAGCCGUGUCCUGGCUGAAGAAAGGAAAAGGAGAUGUUUCUGCAGUACCAGUCUCCAAUGGCUGCAUGUCAGAGGUCAUACACCAUAAGGAGAAACGCAGAGACCAUAGCUAUAGGUGCUCAUCCACUUUGUGUUUUACCCCAACAGUGAGGGAAGACCAAGGAGCGGAAUACAUCUGCAGAGUGGAGCAUCCCAGUCUGGAGCACCCACUGGAGAGUAGCACCGGGCCGCUAAAUAUACGAGUGUUCUGCCCCCCACAUGUCUCCGAAAUAAUUACCCCAAGGCUGGAGGAUAACAAACAAGUGACUUUGACCUGUUAUAUUUCCAAAUAUUUCCCCGAUCUUCUCUUUUCUGUGCAAUGGUUCAGAAAGGAAGCUGGAAGCCGGAGGGACCUGCCUAAUGAUAGAUACAAGAUCUCACAUUGCAGAUCAUACAACUGGGACGACCAGACCUAUGCACAUGAGGUUAAUGUGACUUUUACCCCAGUCCUGAGCUCUGACCAAGGAGUAGAAUUAAUCUGCGUAGUGGAACAUGAUCUUCUGGAACAGCCGAUAGAGAGAAGCACCGGGCCGCUAGAUGUUUCUGUAAUCAGUACAGGGACGUAGGGAAGAAAACAGAAGACGGGCUUUGUGCUUUUUUGCGUUGAUUAAAAUGAAUACACUUCAAUUCCUAUAAAAUUCAUUGACCAAAAACCCCAAAAGUCAACAUCGUUUAAUGGUGGUCAUUCCGAGUUGUUCGCUAGCUGCUUUCGUUCGCUGCGCAGCGAUCAGGGAAAAAAAAGGCACCUCUGCGCAUGCGUAGGCACUGAAAAACGCAGGCGUGCCAGGAAAAACACAGGCGUGGCUGGGUGAACGCAGGGCGUGUUCAUGACGACAAAACAGGAACUGAACAGUCUGAAGUGAUUGCAAGCGUUGAGUAGGUCUGAAGCUACUCUGAAACUGCACAAACUUAUUUUGUAGCCGCUCUGCGAUCCUUAUGUUCGCACUUCUGUUAAGCUAAGAUGCACUCCCAGUGGGAGGCGGCAUAGCGUGUGCAUGGCUGCUAAAAACUGCUAGCGAGCGAUCAACUCGGAAUGAGGGCCAAUGUUUUUAGCCAUAUUCUCCAAUAUAUAAUGAGAUCAUUUGCACAUUUUUAGGUUGGGUAUGGGAUGUCGGCGCUUUGUAUGCCGACAUGCAGAAUUCCAACACAUUUAAGCCUCCCCCCACGCAGCCUAAUCCUAACUGUCCUCCUUUAAUGCCUAACCCUCCCUUCUUAGUGCCUAAACCCCCCCUCAGACUAAACCCUAACCCCCCCCCCCCCCGCAGCGUAACCUGUUACCACACCUGUAGUGCGUAAACCUAAGCCCCCCAUCCCCCUGCAGCCUAACCCUCCAUGGCAUCCUUACAUUUAGGAUGCCGACAGUCAGGAUUCUGUCGACGGUAUUGUGAGUGGUGUUGGGUUCUAGCACCGGGAUUUCAACUACCUGCUUCCCAAGUGCCGACUGCACCCCAUUUUAUCACCUUUUCUGUUGCCUUCAAUCAUGCAUGUAUGAAUACUAACACGUGUGCACUGUAGAAUGUAACCGACGUGUGUAAAGGGAGUUUGAAAAAAAACGGCUCUGUUACAUAAUAUCUGCCUCCUUCAUUAAAACUUAAAAACCUCAUUUGAAAAGAAACCUGAUUCUAUUACUGUGUGUUUUUACUUUGCUGAAACAAUGUUGCAGUUCUCUGGAAAACAUUUACCAAUAGGUGAUACAUAAAACAAUCAUUUAGGGUU